AUGGGCAAGCAGACUCCAGUCAACAAAGUCAUCAUUGUCGGUGCCGGGCCAUCAGGUCUUCUGCUCGGUAUCCUGCUUGCCAAGGAGGGCGUCAAGGUACAGAUCCUCGAGGCUACAAACGACCUCGACAAGAACCCUCGUGCGGCUCAUUAUGCGCCGUCCGCCGUAUACGAACUGGAACGUGCCGGCGUACUGGAAGAUGUAAAGGCCCAAGGAAUCCACCCCGACGCAGUGUGCUGGAGGAAACCCGAUGGUUCGUUGAUCGCUGGGAUCAAAAGUCGCAUGGAUAUCGAACAUCCUAUGGUCUGUCUGCCGCUGGAUAAACUCGACAUCUUGCUUCUUGAGCAUUAUAACAAAGCACCAAACACCGAAGUUCUGUGGGAACACAAAGUUGUGUCUAUCGACCAGGACGAACAUGAGGCCAGAGUUCAUGUCGAAACGCCAACAGGCAAGAAGACCUUCUCCGCCGAUUACAUUGUGGGGUGUGAUGGUGCCAACAGCCAGAUAAGGCGCUCGCUUUUUGGUGACUUGAAUUAUCCUGGUGAGACUCUGCAGAAGCAGAUCAUUGCCACGAAUGUCUAUUACGAUUUCAAGAAGUUCGGAUAUUGGGAUUCGAACUUUAUCAUUGAUGAAAAUGAUUGGUACAUGGCCGCUAGGAUAACGGACGACGGUCUCUGGCGAGUAACGUACGGUGAUGCAUGGGGCCUGUCCACCGAGGAAUAUCUCAAGCGACAGCCAGAACGGUUCGAAAAGAUUCUUCCUGGAAACCCAAAGCCUGGAGACUACAAGCUUGUCAGCGCCAGUCCUUAUAAGCUGCACCAGAGAUGUGCCGAUGCCUUCCGUGUUGGGCGAUUCCUGCUGGCUGCGGAUGCCGCCCACCUGUGUAAUCCAUUUGGAGGUCUUGGGUUGACGGGAGGUAUCGCGGACGUGGGAAGCCUGUUCGAUGCGCUCGUAGCCUUGAGACAUGGAAAGGCCGAUGACAGCAUCUUGGACAAGUACAGUGAGGUCCGCCGAGAAAAGUGGCAAAAGAUCAUUGACCCGAUGUCGCGAGCCAAUUUCAGCCGGGUGUGUCUCGAAGAAGCAGAGUCAGAGCGCAAUGAAUUUUGGGCUCUGUGCAAAAAGAUUGAAGAGGACGAGGAGCUGGCUAAGCAAAUGGCUCAGGCGGCAGCGAGUCCCAAGCUUCGGGUACCGAGUGCCAACCCCCCAAAGCCCAGCACUUUCGACUUUGGUCCAUUGCACACACGUCUCAGCUGUUUUGGAGUCUUAUUACAUCCUGAUCUCUAUGGUCUAUCCGAGUUCCUCCCACCGUCUCCCGUCCUAGGCCACUUCUCCCUCAGAGAGACAUCCACGCGGAGUGUACGAGCCACACCGAAGCAUCACGCGAAACAUUGGACCACCUUUGGUCUUUUCAUCCAAGACGCUUCGGCGUGGCUGUGGGCAAGAGUACGGAGGAUGGCAGACUUCUCGUUGGUGCCCAGCGGGCAUGGCAACAACUACACUGGCAUGCUCACCAGGAGCAUCGUCUUCUCUGCGGCCCUUUUUGUCUUUCUGGCCGCCUCGGGCAUGACCAUCGCCUCCAUCAUCAUUCCCAACUGGAUCGCCUUUGAUGGAAGCACCCCACACGGCGACCCCGUUCAUUACACCUAUGGCCUGCAUCGAAGGUGCUCCAGCACCAAUAUACCCCCCCCCCUCGAUAGUCGCUCGACGAGGUCCAUCGUGAUGGCCGACUCCCUCCAGUGUGUUCAGUUCCCCAGAUAUAACGACUGCCGCGGAGACGACGUAUAUUUUUGUAGUAUGUGGAGGUCUGUCGGGUUUUUGAUGUCUUUCGCCGUGGUGUUGGAGGGCAUGACGAUUGCUGCCUUUACCAUUCUGCUUGUGGGAGGCAAACAAAAGAGGGAACAAGGCUGGGGAGUCCUUACAAUCUUGGUUGCGUUGGCUGCGUUUGUACAAGCCAUUGGCAUGGCUCUAAUGGCCUAUCUUUACGAGAACGACGAAAAAUUCUUCUCCGGAUGGUUCUUGGACAAGAGCUGGACCAUGUGCACGAUUUCUUGGAGUUUUCAGGCAUUAUGCGCCAUUGCUAUUACGCUCGCCGCGGUCAUCCUUCCCAGCGAGGGAGGUUAUGAAUUGAUUCCGGACCAUGCUUGA